UUAUAUUUAUACACACAGCUAUAUAUAUAUAGAUGUGUGGGUGUGAUUGUGUCGUAUGUAUUCUGAUGUUAUUUGCAUUGGAAUGUAACGUCUUCUCAACAUAGACUAGAUUCAAUUUUGUAGUACAGUCAGAAAAGUACAACCUUAGCUGUCCUACGAUGUAUUAGACAGGAAAAUCGAUUGGAAUGUCACUUGGAAGUGGGCGAGAUACUGUGCAAUUUCAGACAUUUAUCUCUUUUUAGUGUAUACUUAAUUCUUACACGUUUCGGAUACAUGCUGUACAAUUCCUGUGCACUAGUGUCCGCCUCAAUUUAGCGUAGACAGAAGACAGCGGUCUCACACCAACCGGUAUUGCAACAAAAGAGUGUAAAAACUUCCGAAAGUCGUGUCUGUCAACCAAGUAUUUGAAAAGUUCCUCCAAAAAGCAUGAACUGGUGCCUGUUGUUGACACAGAAGCUUCCUUCAGUUGACUCACUAACUGCAGAAUAACUAACGGACUUUGCACAACCAUGCCGUGAAUGCUUUUGGGCACAUCCACAGGGACAACCCUCACUUGAGUCACUUGAACAACUGUUUUCUGAAGCUGCUCAUUUUAAUCUUCCACAUAAUUCCAACCUUACUGUUAAUUGUAGAGAUUUUUUUUUUUUGCGAACUCGCAGUGACUUGCGUGGAUUUCAAUGUGCACUUUCUGAUUUGAACAUGAGCAUUUGUAUUUGAGUCAGCUGUGGCGGCCUUGCAGUCUUUCGUCACCCAUACAACUUCGAAUCAGGUUGAUUCAAGGAUUUAGUUGGUCAUGGGCUUGCUAUCCGUGCACGCUAGUCAAUAAUCCAACUGCCUACUGAAAGUUCCGCUUGAAGGUAUUCAAGCCUACAAGUAGGGGCAACAAUCUACUGAAGCUUUUCUCUAGUUCGGGAAGCAGUCGUCCCCGCCCCAGUCUUUGCUGCAGCAUUGGAAUCUCCGCCCGUGAAUUACAUUGAGUUCUUGGCCGAGUUCUGUGAUCGUAGCUAUGGUGGUAUCACAGGGUAUGACAACGAUGGCGAAGGUUUCUUCCAUGUUCUUCACAGGGAGUGGUGGCGAGGUUUGGUCGUUUCCCCCUGCGUUUGCCACUGUUGCUAAGCAAAGGAGGCUUAGAGUGAGCGCAGUGACGAGCGCGGAUGCGAAAACCAUCUCUACGAAGACGUCAAACGCGGCAGCAAAGGUCAAAUCCAUAACGGCUCGCCAGAUUAUCGACAGCAGAGGGAAUCCCACCGUGGAGGUGGACCUUGUCACAGACCGCGUAUUCCGAUCCGCAGUUCCCAGUGGCGCAUCCACCGGCAUUUACGAGGCCCUGGAGCUUCGUGACGGAGAUAACAAGGUAUUCGGAGGCAAGGGCGUGCUCAAGGCUGUGGACAAUAUCAACAAUGUCUUGGCGAAGAAACUUGUGGGACUCGAUACUCGGAACCAGAAGGAGAUUGACAAUAUCAUGCUGGAUCUUGACGGCACUCCAAACAAGGGCAAGCUCGGUGCGAACGCCAUUCUGGGCGUGUCGCUAAGCGUAUGCCGCGGAGGAGCUCAUGCGGAAGGCCUGCCCCUGUACCGACAUAUCCAGGCGAUCUCCGGCACGAAGCAACUCGUCAUGCCCGUGCCCGCUCUCAAUGUCAUCAACGGCGGGAGUCACGCAGGAAACAAACUAGCAAUGCAGGAAUUUAUGAUUCUUCCCGUGGGAGCAUCGUCGUUCAAGGAAGCCAUGCAAAUGGGCUGCGAAGUGUACCAGGUACUCAAAGGAAUUAUUAAGAAGAGAUAUGGGCAAGAUGCAUGCAAUGUGGGUGACGAGGGUGGCUUUGCACCCAACAUCCAAGACAACCGAGAGGGGUUGGUUCUCUUGGUGGACGCCAUCGAGAAGGCGGGGUACACAGGCAAAGUGAAGCUAGGGAUGGACGUCGCGGCUUCUGAGUUUCUGACCAAAGAAGGUCAAUACGAUCUGGACUUCAAGGAGGAACGUAACGAUGGCAGCAAGGUCCUAUCAGGGCAUGCCCUGGGGGAGCUUUACAAGGAGUUUGUGCGAGAUUUUCCCAUUGUCUCCAUCGAGGAUCCUUUCGAUCAAGACGACUGGGCUUCGUGGAGCGCACUUCAAGCAGGCCUUGAUGCGCAGCUUGUGGGUGACGAUCUCCUGGUUACGAAUCCCAAGAAAAUUGCUGAAGCUAUUUCGAAGAAGGCUUGUAAUGCCCUCUUAUUGAAGGUGAACCAAAUUGGGUCUGUGACGGAGUCGAUUCAAGCUGCUUUGGACUCUAAGGCAGUUGGAUGGGGUGUUAUGGUCAGUCACCGAAGUGGAGAAACGGAGGAUAAUUUCAUUGCUGAUCUUUCCGUGGGUCUCGCGAGUGGUCAGAUUAAAACUGGAGCUCCAUGUCGGAGUGAACGACUGUCCAAGUAUAAUCAGUUGCUGCGAAUAGAGGAGGAGCUUGGCCGCGUUCGAUACGCAGGAGAAAGUUUCCGACAACCUCUGUAGACGAGGUGUUAUAAAUUUUAGUACUUUUGAAUGAACAAUUGAGUGUAAACCUUGUGCAAGAUUUUUAAUUCGAUGACUUGUGCCUGAUAUAACGAGAGGAUUGAGUUAUGCUUCGGUUUAGCAAUCAUACUUCAAACUAGAGUUUCUCUCCAGGUCUGUUAUUAACUACUAUUCGUAUAGAAUUCCCAGAGUUCCACUUGUCUCUUUAAAUCAGGACGGAGGGACAUGCAUGAUUCCUGUCAACACGUUAAUAAACCACUGACCACAUACGACUGAUUAGCAAACGACAGCUCGGUUCAGGCACAGUAAGUCUUGUCAUUUCAUCA